AUGUCUUCACCAGCAUCUCUCUCACAUGAUGCUGGUUCCGAACUCAAACGCAGUCUUGAAUCCGACCUUUACUCCGACCACUGCCAGAGGAUGCCCCCUCCUAGACCUCCCCGCAAUACCACCCCUUUUCGAUCCCCGAAUAAGACUCUUAGUGAUCAGACUGGAGUUGUGGGCGUAGCAAGUUCUCUCAUCGGCGCCGCAGCUUCCGCUUUACCCCUCUUUAAGCCAGGAGGAGCAGGAAUGGGGGGAGGAACUAGGUCAUUGGCUGAUGGAGCACCAAGUAAACAGUUCGGCGGGGUAGGAUUGGGUAGAUCUGCAAGUACUCAUUCCGAUCUUAGCGUCCCUCCUGGUGACGGGAGUGGUGCCAGGACCUCGAUCCCUCUGAGUAGGGGAAAAGGGGCGUUGGAAGAGCCAAGAGACGCGGUUGCUAGAGCAAGAUAUGAAAAUUUAUUCUCUUCACUUGUCUCUCAGCAACGAAUGCAGCGGAGACGAACCAAAGCCAAAGAGGGAGAAGGUGAUAGUUCGAAUGCCUCCACCGUCCGCGGUGGCUCCUCAUCUAAGUUUGAGGAAGGGUCUGGGGCCGUUUCGGCGCUUAGGGGAUGGUUCGAGUCCGAUUCGCACCCCAGCUCCAACCCUACUACCAAUGGUAAUGGGGGCGCAGCAGUGUUAAGCGCAAAAAUGGUUCAAAAGGUAUGGUCGAAGUGCAAACUUCCAGAGUCUUUCCUUGCAGGGGUAUACGAUCAAGCCUCAUCCUCAUCCUCAACUCCCGCAGGCUUGGAUAAAGAGGACUUCGCUCGAGCAAUGGCAACUAUAGAUGCCGAACUAGAGCGACGUAAAGCAAAGCGAGAGAGAAGAAAGGAGGCGAAAGCUAAAAGAGCAUCCACAAUGUGUUUGGGGCUAGGGAGGAGGGUUCCCCCACCCCCACCUUCUGCGGCGUCUGGAGCUAUAGUUUGA